UUUUCCCGCUGCCGUACUUCUGGGACGACUUAGUGGAGUUUGGUCCAAAUUACUGUCAGUCACAGGUUGUGAUUACUUCGUCUUUUACAAUCUUGGGAGGAGUAGCUGCUGUGCCACCUCAACGGGAAAGAAAUCGAAAGCACCGGGAAGUAGCAGUCACCGCCAUGCCAAAGAAUAAAGGUAAAGGAGGUAAAAACAGACGUAGGGGCAAGAAUGAAAAUGAAUCUGAAAAAAGAGAAUUGGUGUUUAAAGAGGAUGGACAAGAGUAUGCUCAGGUAAUUAAAAUGUUGGGAAAUGGACGAUUAGAAGCUAUGUGUUUUGAUGGUGUAAAGAGAUUAUGUCAUAUCAGGGGGAAGUUGAGAAAAAAGGUUUGGAUAAAUACCUCAGACAUUAUAUUGGUUGGUCUUCGAGACUAUCAGGAUAACAAAGCUGAUGUAAUUUUAAAGUACAAUGCUGAUGAAGCUAGAAGUCUGAAGGCAUAUGGCGAGCUUCCAGAACAUGCUAAAAUCAAUGAUACAGAUACAUUUGGUCCUGGAGAUGAUGAUGAAAUCCAGUUUGAUGAUAUUGGAGAUGAUGACGAAGACAUUGAUGAUAUCUGAAUUGAACUCAGAGUUUGUGAAGAUUAUUCUACAAUUUUGAUUUUGGCCAGCACCUGUUAAGAAGACUAAAACUUCACUUAGUAUGAACUUAGUUUGUUAAGACACACUGAUUUAUUUUCAUUGUUCUAAAGUAUUAUAUUUCUCUAAAAACUGAUGAAACUGAAUUACUUUAAGUGAAAAUUUAACACUUUAUUCAUUCGAUGCAAUUGAAUUUAGGAAUAAAAGACUACAAUUAUAACUCACUGCUGUCAAACAACAGAAACAAGUUAUUCCCACAUGACUACUUUAUUAUAGUUAAUAGGUGUUUUGAAUAAAUUGCCUUAUCAUUUUUGAUAAAGCCUUGUUUUGAUAAAGCCUUGUUCCAGCUAGUCUGUUUACAUUCUUCUCUAUAUUCUAGUUAUCUAGAUGUUUUCUAAGAUUUUUGACAUACUUUAAGAAAGGUAGAAGUCAAGAAAUGGAGCUAUAUUUGUAUUUAUGUACCCAUAUGUAUUUUUAUACUAAGUUUGAUAACUUAAACAUUCUUCUCAUCAUUUUACGUUGCCACCAUCAUUAAAAAAAUAUAUAUUUUCCAAAAUGCAGUUUUUAGAACAUGGGUUUGAAAAGCAGUUUUCAAUUUGUUAGAUUAUCAGUUGCAAUAAUUCAGUGUUAGGUGACCUAAUUAUUUUUACAUUGGAGGUAUUGACAUAUUAGUUGAUAGUAUUUUUACCCAAUGUGUAUAGAAAAUUUCUCAAGAACAACUUUUGAUGAUAAAACGAGACAGCCUUUUUUUUUAAUUUUACAGAAUAGGUUGUGUUAAAUGUGUCACUUAUUGUCAAAAGUCAUAUGCAUUGUGACCCAUAUUUUUGGGCUUUAUGAACAAUUAAAUUACAAUGUAUAAAGGAAAAACUAAUUUUAUAGUAAGUUCUGUUAAACUAAGCCCUUCUUAAAGCCUUAUCUGGGUUUUACCAAAGGGAAAGAAAGGAACCACUACUAAGAAAUAUAAUAAAAUGUGUUGUUGAGUAUA